UUGCUUCAGUAUGUAGAACAGGAGAAUCACUUGAUGGCUGCCAGGAAAGCAUUUGACAAAUUUUUCAUACACUAUCCGUAUUGCUAUGGUUACUGGAAAAAGUAUGCAGACCUUGAAAAGCGGCAUGACAACAUUAAACAAUCAGAUGAGGUGCGUACAUCACUGAAUAAAAUAAUUUCCAUUAGGUACUGUAAGCCAAAUAACAAAGACUUUUUUUUUUCUUUGGCUGGCAGUACCUACGAUUUGUGGUCAAACAAUUUUAUAGGGUAUUUUAUUUGCAUUUGUCACUCUUGUGGCAUUUGUAGCUAAUAUUUUCUCUCUUUGUUGGCAGGUGCGUUAAACCUCUACAGUUUGUCAAGCUUUGCAGUGCAAGCCUCUGUAUUACACUGCAGCUUAACAAGUAGGGCAGGGCUUUUCUCUCACUUACAUUUAUUUCUCAUUUUCCAAACAAUAUAGUUGGUUUGCUAGUCACAUUUGCUACGUCUUAUUGCAUUUUUGGUCAGACGCUGUCAUUGGUGCUCUAAUGGGUCUGUGCCCUAUGGUCUGUAACCCAAAGCCUGCCCACACAACCCGGUCAGAAUGCAGGGACUGCUGCGCUUUGAAGAUCAAGACUGCACGUGGGGAUCAGAACAUUGCCAUGUUCUAUCCAACCUCCACCCAAAUGGUGUAUCGACGGGGGCUUCAGGCAAUUCCUCUUAGUGUUGACCUUUGGAUACAUUAUAUAAACUUCUUAAAAGAAACAUUGGAUCCUGGGGAUUCUGAGACAAACAGUACAAUAAGAGGAACUUUUGAACACGCUGUUCUAGCUGCAGGAACAGAUUUCCGAUCUGACAGACUUUGGGAAAUGUAUAUAAACUGGGAGAAUGAACAGGGAAACCUGAGAGAAGUUACAGCUAUAUAUGAUCGUAUUCUUGGUAUUCCAACACAGCUGUAUAGUCAUCAUUUUCAGAGAUUUAAAGAGCAUGUGCAGAAUAACUUGCCUAGAGAUCUUCUAACUGGUGAACAGUUUAUUCAGCUGCGAAGGGAAUUAGCUUCUGUAAAUGGACACAGUGGUGAUGAUGGUCCUCCUGGUGAUGAUCUGCCGUCGGGAAUUGAAGAUAUAACUGACCCAGCAAAGCUAAUUACUGAAAUAGAAAACAUGAGGCACAGAAUAAUUGAAAUUCAUCAAGAAAUGUUUAAUUAUAAUGAGCAUGAAGUUAGUAAAAGGUGGACAUUUGAAGAAGGUAUUAAAAGACCUUAUUUUCAUGUGAAACCAUUGGAAAAGGCACAACUAAAAAACUGGAAAGAAUACUUAGAAUUUGAAAUUGAAAAUGGGACUCAUGAACGAGUUGUGGUUCUCUUUGAAAGAUGUGUCAUAUCAUGUGCCCUCUAUGAGGAGUUUUGGAUUAAGUAUGCCAAGUACAUGGAAAACCAUAGCAUUGAAGGAGUGAGGCAUGUCUUCAGCAGAGCUUGCACUAUUCAUCUCCCAAAGAAACCUGUGGUGCAUAUGCUUUGGGCAGCUUUUGAGGAACAGCAGGGUAAUAUUAAUGAAGCCAGGAAUAUCUUGAGAGCAUUUGAAGAAUGUGUUCUAGGAUUGGCAAUGGUUCGUCUGAGAAGAGUAAGCUUAGAACGACGACAUGGAAAUAUGGAAGAAGCUGAACAUUUGCUUCAAGAUGCUAUUAAGAAUGCCAAAUCGAAUAAUGAAUCAUCGUUUUAUGCUAUUAAACUAGCUCGGCAUCUUUUCAAAAUACAAAAAAACUUCGCAAAAUCAAAAAAGGUGCUUUUGGAAGCAAUUGAAAGAGACAAAGAAAACACAAAGUUAUACCUCAAUUUACUUGAAAUGGAAUAUAGUGGUGACCUCAAACAAAAUGAAGAAAAUAUCCUAAAUUGUUUUGACAAAGCUAUACAUGGUUCAUUACCUGUUAAAAUGAGAAUUACAUUUUCUCAAAGAAAAGUGGAAUUUCUUGAAGAUUUUGGUUCAGAUGUUAAUAAGCUUCUGCAUGCUUAUGAUGAGCAUCAAACACUCCUAAAAGAACAGGAUUCUUUGAAAAGGAAAGCAGAAAAUGGAUCAGAAGAACCAGAGGAAAAAAAAGCCCACACAGAAGAUACAAUUUCAUCCUCUACGCAGUUGAUUGAUGGUGAUUUACAAGCAAAUCAAGCUGCAUAUAAUUAUAGUGCUUGGUAUCAAUACAAUUACCAGAAUCCUUGGAAUUAUGGACAGUAUUAUCCUCCCCCUCCAACUUGAUGGGAAAAUAUAAAUAUCAGAUGGAGUGUGUGGAAAGUAUAAAGUUAUUUUUUUUCAACAAGAGAUGUAAACAUAAGCUUGUCAUAUUUGACAACUUGUCUUCCCGUUUGUGUAACAUAUGAUUUGUUUAGUAUUAGGGAAAAUGUCACUUAGUAGCUUACCACAGAUACUAUUUCCUACCAUUUAUAAAGUUUACUUUUUAUUGGAGAACUAUUUUUUUGAUUUUUGCAUUAAGUGGUCUAGAAUUCUUUUGCAAUGCAUUUGCAACAGAGUUUUGUAGCCUUAAGGGUAGGAAAAAAACUGACUGCAAAUCAUGUCAGUGUAGUACAAGAUUCUGAAAAUAUGUAAAGGGCUGGUUAUUAAGGAUUUACCUCUCUGUAAAAAGAGAAAAAACAAAAACAAACC